GAAGAAAGAGAGAAACAAGAAGAUGAAGAACAAGAAAGCAAAAGCAAGUGUUUGUAUAAGCGCUUCCUCAGCAAAUAGCGGCUGGUUCAGCACCGACGGUAGCGAAUACAAUGAAGAGACUGAAAGCCUAGUUUCAUCUUCCAGAAGUUCCUAUUCCUCUUCCGACUUUGGUUGUCCAUUACAGAGUAUCAAUGAGCGACCCAUUAACGAAUAUAGAAGGAAGAACAAGAACAAGAAGAAGAAGAAUUUAAAGGUUCGGAGACUGAAACGUUACAAUUCGGAGAGUUGGAGAGGAGGUGAGAAGACAAAGAAAACGAUGACGCUGGAAAGUGGGUCUCCGGCAAUGGCGUCAGUUUUCAGGCGGUUGAAGGAGAGCUUUACGGUGGUGAAGAGGUCGGAGAACCCACAUGAGGAUUUCAAAGGGUCGAUGUUGGAGAUGAUAUUGGAGAAACAUAUGUUUGAUGCUAAGGAUUUGGAACAGUUGUUGAUGUGUUUUCUGUCUCUUAACUCACCACACCAUCACGCCACCAUUGUUGAGGCCUUUGUGGAGGUUUGGGAAGUUUUGUUCUGUAAAACUCCUCCCAAGUCUCAACGUGUUUCUAUGGGUCAUUGAGGUCGAAGAAGAUGAUGGAAUAGAAUUUUUAAUUCCUUAUAAAUAAAUGGUAUAUUGUAUAUUGUUUUAUUAUUUGUCUGUGCUGGUUUUUGAGCUUCUGAGAAAGUUUUCAGUUUUUUAUCU